UUUCAUGAUAUCCUAAGUCAUCUGGCUCUUGACUGUUAUAUGAUAAUAAUAUUACUGGAUGGGGGUAAUGAUAUUGAUCCAACUGCUGAAGAAAUAGAAUAUCAUCAGUUCUUUCUUGAACUAUUUGACAAAGAUCCAACUUUACCUAAUUCACUAAGCUAUAAGCAAUACCAUCGAUUAUAUUCUGUAUUAAUUGCAAUUGAACCUUCCCUUGCAGAUCCACUUCUAGAUGCACAUAGUGCUCUACGUGGUGUAAUUAAUAAACAGGGUAAUGAAUAUAAAUAUUACAAAGAAGCCCAAAAAAAAAUUGAAAAGGAUGUUCAGUGGUAUGAGUUUUUAAAACUUGAUAAAAAGCAAUAUUUGAAUUUUAGAUUCUUACGUGGUAUAUCAUUAUUUCAUAAAUCAAAAGAGAAGGCUGAAGAAGUUUUAAAAGAACAUAAUCAUAGUAAUGCAGAUGAGACCUAUGAUAAUACACAUGAUUCUUUUAACAACAAUGGUGAAUGUGUUAAUAGUGACAAUGAUGACACAGAUAAGAAUGCACCUGAACCUGAUAACUUAACAACUACUGAUCACAGUCAAGAUAACACAACAACCACUGAUCCUAUCUUCA